UUAGAUUCCAGAGCUUGUUUUUGUUCUCAGCAGCCUUUCCAGGGUGAGGUGGCUUCAAUUCCCCAUUGGAAAUCUGAAUGAAGCUGCAGUUUGCUCAGGAAGGGAAGAAAGAAAAGUUUAGAUCUGGCUUUAGCAGCAGACAGAUGCACUUCUGAUUUCUUCAGGCACAAAGAAGAUGUGUUUGCUGACGUUAUACUUCACCUGAAAAGGAAAAGAAAAUCCGUUAAAGACAGAAGAGUGGAAAUAUUACUUGAAUUUUCCAACAGGGCUAGCACAGUGUAAUGCUUAUUGCUACAGAUGCAGAAUGACUGCUUCAGGCUUAUUUCCCUAUGCCUCCCACCAAAGGGACUAAGGGCCAAAUGGAGGUGGUCUCUUUGACAUCGACACAAGUAGAAAAAGGCAUCCAGGAUGGAAAUCCAGUACACAACCAUUGCAUCCUGCUCCUGUAUUCCCCCUGGACCCAGCUCCUGUAUUCCCCCCUGGACCCAUGAUGUUCAUAUUCUACAGACCUCAUAAAGGAUUCUUCAAUGCUGUAAGUACUAGUAUCAGAUCUGCUCAAACAGAGCAUCAUGAAGAACAAGCAUAAAGAUUGAAUCCUAUUAAUCAUGGUCUUGGGAAGCUCCAAGCAAAAUAUCUUCUAAAUAAUUAGGGCCAAAAAAUAGGCUUGCAUACUAAAUUAUGUCCAUGGUUUUAGGAUUCCUUUAUGAUGGAGAAACCCACUCAGCAUCCUACUGAGGGUCUGUUUAAUCGAACUAUUGCAAACAGCAGCAACUCACAGUUUUCACACUUUGAUUCAUGUCAGCCUUCUUUCCCUGCAGUCUUCUUGCUCAUCACGGCUUAUACUGUCGUUACAAUAGUGGGGCUUUUUGGAAACCUUUGCCUGAUUGUUAUAAUACAAAGACAGAAAGAAGCUCAAAAUGUUACAAAUAUUCUGAUUGCCAAUCUCUCCUUAUCCGAUGUCUUGAUAUGCAUCAUGUGUAUUCCUGUCACAGUUGCAUACACUUUGAUGGACUAUUGGAUAUUUGGCGAGGCUAUGUGUAAAAUAAGCUCUUUUGUACAAAGUAUGUCUGUCACAGUCUCCAUAUUCUCACUUGUGUUAAUUGCUGUCGAGAGACACCAGUUAAUAGUGAACCCACGUGGCUGGAAGCCGAAUAUGUCACACGCUUACUGGGGAAUUAUCUUCAUUUGGGGGGUUUCCCUUAUCAUAUCCAUUCCCUUUUUUAUAUUCCACCACCUAUCUGAUGAACCCUUUAAAAAUCUUUCUUACCAUAGCGAUUUCUACACGAACAAAGUUAUUUGCAUCGAGGCAUGGCCAUCAGUUGCCGAGCGACUGGUCUUUACCACCAGUCUGCUGGUUUUCCAGUAUUGCUUCCCACUGGGCUUUAUUUUUAUCUGCUAUCUCAAGAUAUUUGUAUGUCUCCGGCGGAGACAUGGUAAGGUGGAUGGGAUGAGGGAGAAUGAGAGCAGACUAAAUGAGAGUAAAAGGAUUAAUAUGAUGCUCAUUUCAAUUGUCGUGACCUUUGCAGCUUGCUGGUUGCCUCUAAAUAUAUUUAAUGUCGUUUUUGACUGGAACUAUGAGGCACUGAUGAACUGCCACCAUAACUUAGUGUUCACAUUGUGUCACCUGGUAGCCAUGCUCUCGACAUGUAUCAAUCCUAUCUUUUACGGAUUUCUCAACAAGAAUUUCCAGAAGGAUUUAAUAGUGUUAAUUCACCACUGCAGAUGCUUCACAUCUCAGGAGGAAUAUGAGAACAUCGCUCUUUCAACCCUGAACACUGAUGUAUCCAAGGGGUCCUUGAAAUUAAAUAAUACCCCUGUGAAUAGCUAAAAGAAUCCCUCAUGACAGUCUCCAAAACUCUGAAUUUAUUGUGAAUUUACUGAUUCUGGUUGAUCCUUUCGGAGGAUUAUAAAGUCUUGAGCUGUUCCCACUAAUGCCAGAGGGAGUCUUUGCCGUUUAGUUCAGUGGGAGCAGGUAAACUUAUCGUGUAAACUGUUCCUUCUACAUAACAUUAUUUCUUAUUAAUUCUAGUAAAUCACCCCCCAGAAAUCCUUUACAGUCAACACUAUGAAAUACCAGCAGUAUUAGCGUAUCAUUUUUAAGCCCAUGAUUUCACUAUCAAUGACUGCCUCCCUCAGAAAUUUUCCACCUCAGUGAUACAUGUGACAUUCCCUGGGUAAAAUGCUCUCUUCUGCUUCCCCAGGAUAAUCCAUCCAUUCCAAGGUUCCCCCAAAUCCACCAGUCCUUCCUCUGCCCUGCCCUCUAGCCUUGUGCCUCUCGACCCCACCGUGUUUUUCCCUGCACCUCAUAGAGGCUACUUCAGAUGGCCCAUCUACAUGGCAGCUGUCCCUCACAAUGGCUUCUGGCUAGGAGUGGCUGGUCCAGUAGGGAGCAGGUCCCCCUGCUGGAUGGCAGUUUGGGGAAGGGGUUCCCUUUUGGUUUUUGAUGCAAGUGGUCUUCCCUAAUUAAUGGGGAGGGUUGGGUUUCAUGGCUGAUGUAUGCAUGGGUAGGGGUGGCAAAUUAGAACCAGGUAUCCCAGGCUGCUGGACUGGGAGCUAGGUCAGGCGAUGGGAUUCCUCUGGGUAGAAAUGGCAGGUCAGGGACAAGGUGGGAAGGAACCCAGAUUUUCAGAUUCAGAUCUGGGGCUGGGCAGGUAGGCAUUGUGAGCUGAGGCGGGGAGGCAGCCAGCAGCAGCCACAGGACUUCCACUCAGUACAGCAGCAGCUUGGCCUGCCGCUUCUCCUUUCCUCCUGGUGCAAUGCUGAAGCAGCAGCAAGGAUCGGGAGUGCAGGCAUUACGUGGUAUGUGCUCCAUUGGCUCUGAGCAAUGCUUGUUGGGGGAGAAACAGGAGAGGAGCUUUCAUUGGAGCAGAUCCCACAGCCCUGGUGGAUACACCCGCUGCAUGAUGGCUGUCAGAGGCUGCAGCCGCCAGCACAGUCCUAGUGCUGAGAACGCUGACAACAAGAGCUGGCCUUAGCAUUUUCAAGUUCUGUU